ACACAGAGUAGAUCAUUGAUUUCUAUCGGUAUACAAAACAAACACCCUAGGAAUUAUAAUCAAUUAGAAGAAUUGCAUUUUCAAGCUUAUAAUUGCGUUAAAGAACGUUUAGGUAUGUAUAUAUCGACAGUAAUGAGAACGGAAGGGUCCUUUGAUAUUUCUCUUUCCCUUUUUAUCAAAUGAAUCCCUGUUAAAUGAAUCUUUUAUGUAUACCCAAACCGAGAUAAAAGAACGAAGCUUCGGAGCGAAAUUUCAGCCACUAUUAUUGACAAUGCUUAAAACUAAUUACAAUCUUAUUAAGCUGCAUAGGAUAAAGAGCCAUCGCUCCUUACGCCAGGUAUACGUUACUAAUAAAUCUAUAAUAUACAUAUCCACAUAUGUGUAUAUCCAAAUACGUAUACAUAUAUUGUUUAAUGAUGUCAGCCAUCGUGUAGUUAUUAUGCUCUAUCGCGGCGUCACAAGUAUUGAUCCGCGCGAAGAGACUAUGCGAAUAAAGUAUAAUAUAUGUAUAUAUAUAUAUAUAUAUAUAUAUAUAUAUAUGUAUGUAUUUAUGGAUAUAGUUGUCUCUCCGAAAAAUUCCGGAAAUACUAGCUCUCUAUCUAUCUUUUUCCAUCCUUUACUCGAUUCUACUUGGCUUCUUUCCGUUUUCUUUAUUUCUACGUACAAGCAUACCUCCUACUCUUUUUCUUUCACAUUUUCAAGAGUUUCAAAUUCCCCUUUCUCUUUCUCACCCCUAUCGGAAUCCCACUAGAUGAAGGGUCUCGCGCCAAUGCAUCAGAGCACUUAACGUAAAACAUAUUAGCAUAUUCGGUGGACCCUGAAUUUUGCUGGCACUGCAAGUCACCGAGUUAACAAAGUCAGGUGGUUCAACCGUAACUAGUUUAUUAUACUCACAGCACGUGUUUAAUAAACCCUUGAUAUAUUAUCAUGGUAUCAUAUUAAGACUUUGCUGAUUUACCGAGAUGCUCGUUCUUCAUGAUCGAAGAAAUGUUUGAACUAGCUCGUUUUCUGAAUAUAUCCUAUGGGAACGAUUCGCGAAAAAUAAUGAGAGAUUGAUGCCGAUGCGAUGCGGGGGAUCAUCAAGUACACGAUCAAAUAUUUAUUCAACGAUGGACUGUUCGGUUUCUUCCUCAAUUCGAUUAUAUUGAACAAUAGAUUGAUCAAGAUAUGUCGCGAAUUGGACGCUUUGGGUUUCGAUCCGAACGUCUUUAAUAAUUUCAACUUGUCGAGGAGAGACUACGAGAAGGAAGAUAGCGUUUUAUUAAAAAAAAGAAAUAGAGGUAAAAUGAGAAAAAAACAGAUGGGACAAAGUAAAGAAGAUCUUUGUCGCGAUUUCAUGAUAGAAAUGAUCUUAGGAAGUAUGAUAGCAUCGGUAGCAUCCACCCAUUCACGGCACGGAGGUGUUUGUAAAAGAGCAGCUACUUAUGAUUCUCCUAGCAACGAAAAAAUCGAUCGGACCGUAAGUAUUGAAUUGUCGUUGCAGACUCCAAAGAAUCCACAAAACACAUCGUGCAACGAGGACUCGCGUCUAUUGGCAAAUUCUUCCAACAUGAUAAAACCUUGCGAGGAAAAUGAAUGUAAUGAAGGAUGGUUCAAAGGGGCCAAUUUAGGAGGAGGAGCAGCUUCUUUGUUUAAAUACUCUACGUGGAAUUGUCGUAGUCGUCGUCGUCGUCAUCGUCGUCAUCAUCGUCAUCGUCGUUGUCGCCCUCGUAUGGUCUUGUUGAAACCAAAGAUAAGAAGACGACCUCGAUUAGCUUUGGCUUUUAAAGCCGACCUAAUGACAAGGGAGAUUUUCAGGCUCGAUCCGAUCUUCCAUGAAUCGUGUCUCUUGAAUGUUUGCUUUUGUCUAAACGCCGUCAAUCGAAAAUUAUUCAACAAAAGUACUAGUCUGGAACUACGUUUGAUUUUCGACAUUCGUAGAAAUGACGUCAACUUCAAAUUGACUGGUAGAAGAAGUCACGAGACGAGAUCCUGUUUAAUUUUUAACAACCACCGAGUCCGAGUACCGAUGCACGAGCGUGACGACAAAGAUAUCAUUUCCAAAACUAAUAGGAGUUCACCAAAAAUUCUUCUCGAUGAAAGAAGAAAGCAAUCGUUGGUAGAACAUAUAAGCGAUCAUUUGUCGUCGAGGUGUUUGUCCGGUCGAGCAGGAAAACGACUCGAAGAAAUUUUAUUCGAUUGUACCACUUCUGAGGAGCGUUCUUGCCUAUCUUUCAAUGACACUCCGAUCGCCCAAUCAUCGCGGAUUAACAUGGAUUCGAGUAUUUUCCAGAAGAAAAACUGUUCAUCGUCAAAUAUUUCCAAAAACAAAGAUCAAAUCUUAAAUUCGACUAAGGAAGUAAGAAAAGGGCAGCAGAUCAGCGAGGUAUCUAAUAUUAUCAAAGACGUUUGCAGUGAAAGUUAUUGCAACAUAGAAACCGAAAAAAUCAUUCGUGUAGUUGGUAACGAAGAAAAUGACAACAUCAUGGAUAAUAGUUUAACGAUUAAGAAAAUCUUUUCUAAAGAUGAACUAAACUUUGAUUGUGACUCAAAGUGUUCUUGCUGUUCCAAAGUUUCUUCUUUAUUUUCCGCGGGAAGAGAAAAUCAGGAGGAUGCUGCAUCUAAUGUCAACCUGAUAAACGAAGAAAAGCUUGAAGAAGCGCAAAAUGCAUCAAUAAUUGCAUCCGCGAUGAUGGGUGUUUCAUUACUCGAUAUUUCAGAGAAGAAAGAUUAUCAAGUCCCAUGUCCGAUGUCGAGAAAAAACAAUGGUAGGGCAAAUUCGACGAGCAUUAUUGUUCCUACCGUUAACAUAGCCGUACAAAUAUCACGUUCGAAGAAAGAAUUAAAAAAGGAGAAAUUCCCUAAUGACGAAUCAUCGAGAAAAAUGAAGAUCGAAAUAUUUUCGAAAGAAGAGUCAAAGCGUUUACUUUUAACAAAUGAUUGCGAGAAAAGAUUUCACGAGGGAAAAUAUAAAAAUCCUUGUUCGAGAGUUUGCACUUGUGAUACUUGGACAUGUUCUUAUAAUCGAAUGCAUGAAAAUCUUUCGUCGAGAAUACAAAAUAACGUAAGCUCUAAUUCGAUUUUAAAGAGUUUUUGCGAAUCCUUUUAUCUUAGUGGCAUCAGGUCUAUUCGCAGACUGAAAAACGUUGUCCGUUUAAAUUUACGGAGAUUUAUGCGUAGAGGUAAUCAACGCGAGACUAUUGAUAAAAGAUUAUCCAACGAGAAGAACUUUAUUUAUAUAAAAAGAGAAUACAACGAGGAAAAGAAAGGAAGGGCAAACGAUUUCAAUGGUCCAAUUCGCCACGAUCAUUAUUUUCCCUACGAUCUUUGCAAUAGAUGCUCAAAACAAUGCAAGAAUAAUAAUCUAUCCAUUAGUGCACGGGGAUCGAUUAAGAGAUCUAAAUCUCCUUCCCGAUGCUUUUUUCAAAUGAAAAGUAAUUACGGAGAAGAUCUUAGAAGAAAAUCGAAAGAAUUCAAGAGAACGAUGGUCGAUCUAUCGAGUACAAUCAGAAAUGAUGAUAAAUUUAUCAACGAUCUUGGCAUAGAUUUUCGAACAAAGUUGGAACAAUACGUGGCACUUUGCAAGAAUAUAAAAUAUUCUUUAAUGGGCAAUAGUGAAAGGAGAGAUGUUGGUCGUUUGUUAUAACUGAGGAAUAAAUUGUAAUAAUCGCGCUGGGUGAUUCGCGAGAAGGAUCUUAAAACAGCGACAACGACAACGACGAUGAUAGUGAAAUUCGAGUUAUUCGGGUCAUAGAUACUGCCACUGCGAAGAUAAAGAAUGACAGAACUACCAUUCAGAGAAUAGCAGCCAGCCUCUGGAGCAGAUCGAUAUUUCCUGGCAACCGUGGAGAGGGUGCCCACGCCACGGCCGCUUUACCCUCUGUUUGUAACAAUGCGAGUCGGCUUCUAACGUCUAGCGAUGGAUUCGACCCGCCAAAACUCAUUUUUUCUUUCUUUCAGACCUUAUUUCCUUCAAAUAUUAUUACAUUCAAAUGAAUGUUCUCAAAUAAAUUGUUUAUUCUAUUAGAAUGUAAUCAAAUAUAAUAAAGACAAAUUAUAAAGAAGGAAUAUUUGCGUUUAAGAGUUGUCAAAUUGGAUUAA